AGACCAAAGUGACUAAGAAAGAAUGAUGGCAAACCCUAAACCCCCUAAGUCAAUCUUGGCAGUAAAAGAUGCUUUGCUAUUUCUACUCUAAAAGAUAGUUCUGGUAUGUGACGAUUCUUUGUCACAAUCUCUCCUUCCGAGUGGUCAAAUAAACGAAUAAUAUGUAAAAGAUACGUGUCAUAGCGCACAUAUACAAUAAACUCAAGGACUUAUAAUUGGAGGAAAUAUAAGUCAUAACAUGGUGUUCUUGUGAAUGACAAAUCUGCUACAGUUGAGAUACUCAAUUCCCACCUUGUAUCCAUCAAGUAUAUUUUUUCUACCGACGACUUUAAACCUGAAUCAGUAUUUAAGAUUUCUUCAAAUAUUUCUUAGUUGCCCAAUCAUGAAGUCACUCUACAACAUAGUAAAAAGAAUUUUUUCGAAAGUUGAUUCCCAUAAGCGUGUUCUACGCGUACUACAUGAGGUAUAUUAAAGGAGUCAACCCUAAUAAUUGCUGCCAUCAUACAAACUUGCGAUUUUCAGCAGUCGUAAAAGGACACUUGAGGCUUUAUUUCCAGAAGCAGAAGUGGUUAAUGGAAAAUUUUUUUUAAAAAAAGUUUGGUUUUAGCGCCAAUGCCCGAAGGUCAAGUAUUUUCGAAGAAAUUCAAAUAGUUAUCUUAUAUCAAGCGACUGGUCAAGUAAUUGACUAAGUUGAAAAACAGCAUGACAUGACUCUUGAUCUGCUAAUAAUAAGAUAAAAGUUAACACACACAACUGGCUAGAAAACUAGCUGGUAUUAUUCAUCCGAUCAGUUAGAAAAUAACACGUAUUCUCAUUCUGAACAGUUGAAAAAACCGCUGAUUAAACUUCACAGCAACUGAUAGCUUGAAUAGUUCAAUUUUUUGUCCCCUCAUCAUUUCUUAAAAUACGCUUUUUUGUAUUUCAAUAAACCCCUUUAUUUAAGGGAAUUGCCGCAGGAUCUUUUAAGCGAGAAAAGCCCUUUUGCAUUUAUUAGAAAAUCAAAAGGCUUUACGAGAAAACCAAUGGAUUUUUCAUCGAAAGUGUGACACCCUGACAGUUUAUUAAUCCAACUCCGAUACCUUUCGGGGUUUAUAAAACCGCUUUUUUAGAAUUCGAAAGGGCAUAUUAAGAAACCCUGUCGCUGAGAAACCAUUAAGUGCUCAGGAAAACUGUCAAUAAACUUUUUCCCAUCCCGGAGGGAAAAUCCCAAACAAUUAGAGUUUUUUAAAAUACGGAUUUUGUUUAGAGUGUAGAUGUAUUACUUCGUAUUCCAUUUCCUAACAUUGACACUACCAGAAAAAUAAUGAUCGAAGAAUGUGAAUUACAAUAUGACGAUGACCAACAUGAACUACGAAACGUUUUUGAAUUCGAACGAAUUUACAAUCCUGAGGAUGCUAUUUUUUGGCUAUCUAACAAAAAUGUUCUAACCGAAUAUCGGGACCAAGCUAUGUUUGUCGAAGAAUUAAACAAGUUAGCUGAAAAUAUUGAAAAACGUGUGUCCAUCAAUAGUUUUGUAUCAACAACUACACAGUGUGAUGUUGCUCUAUCGUUCGCCGGUGACCGCAGCCCUCACCCCAUAAAAGAAUCUGUUCCAGAGUUGUAA